AUGUCACGACGCAACAAAACGGUCCUCAUCACAGGUUGCUCACCAGGAGGCAUCGGCCACGCCCUCGCUCUGGAAUUUGACAAACAAGGCUGCCAUGUCAUCGCCACGGCCAGAAAGCCCCGGGAUCUCGAGGCGCUGCGGGAACUAGGCAUGAGCGCGGUCCAGCUCGAAGUGACUGAUGCCGCGAGCAUCGCGGCAUGCAAAGCCGAAGUCACCAAGAUGACUGGCGGCAAGCUGGACAUUCUCGUCAACAACGCUGGCCGCACGCACACCAUUCCCGCCCUUGACAUUGACAUGGACGACGUGCGGCAGUCGUACGAGGCCAACGUUUUCGGGCCCAUGGCCAUGUGCCAGUCCUUUGCGAGUCUUCUCAUCCCAGCGCGCGGGCUCGUCCUCCAGAUCUCAUCCGUGUCAGCCGUCAUGCCGUACCUGUUUGCUAGCAUCUACGCUUCCACCAAGGGCGCGCUGAACUCGUACUCGCGCGUCCUGCGGAUGGAGCUCAAGCCAUUUCACGUCCGGGUCAUGGUCGCCAUGACGGGCACCAUUCGCUCCAACAUCAUGAAUCACUUCGACCGUGUGCUGCCCGAGACAUCACCGUACAAGCCCGUGGAGGAUGUGUUUGUGCAGAGGCUACGAUUCAGUCAGACAAGAGGCACCAUGGACACGCACGUUUACGCAAAGAAGAUUGUUAGAGAGGCGCUCAAGGGCGAGGGCUGGCUCGGCGGCAUGUUUGGACGGACGCCGGAUUGGUACUGGGCCGGUGGGUUUUCGUAUGGUGCUUGGGUGCUGGACACGUUCUUCCCGGCAUGGCUGGCCGAGACGGCGGUCGCCUGGUUCUUCAACGUCGGGGUGUGGUCGACGAGACUUGACACCACGAACAAGGAGGACCAGUCCAACCGCGACGCCCUCGCGACGUCAUAG